AUGGAUUUUACAGAGGCUUACUCAGAUACAUGUUCUGCUGUUGGCCUUGCUGCCAGGGAAGGAAAUGUAAAAACCCUAAGGAAACUGCUCAAGAAAGGGUGUAGUGUUGAUGUUGCUGACAACAGAGGAUGGAUGCCAAUUCAUGAAGCAGCUUAUCACAAUUCUGUAGAAUGUUUACGGCUAUUGAUUCGUUCAGAUCCAUCUGAAAGAUACAUUAAAAUGAAGACCUUCGAGGGCUCUUGUGCAUUACAUCUUUCAGCAAGUAGAGGAUUCUUGAUGAUAACAAAAAUCCUUUUAGAAGCUGGGGCAGAUGCUAAUGAAACUACUUUAGAAGAAACCACUCCACUAUUUUUAGCUGUUGAAAAUGGACAUGUAGAUGUAGUAAAGCUUUUGCUUCGGCAUGGAGCAGAUGUUAAUGGAUCCCAUUCUAUGUGUGGAUGGAAUGCCCUGCACCAGGCAGCUUUUCAGGAAUACACUGACUUAAUAAAAUUGCUUCUUAAAAAAGGAGCAAACAAGGAAUGCCAGGAUGACUUUGGGAUCACACCUUUAUUUGUUGCAGCCCAAUAUGGAAAGCUGGAGAGUUUGAACAUACUUAUUUCAUCUGGUGCUAAUGUCAAUAGCCAAGCUAUGGACAAAGCCACUCCAUUAUUCAUUGCUGCACAAGAGGGCCAUACAAACUGUGUGGAGCUUUUGCUUUCUAAAGGGGCAGAUCCCAAUCUUUAUUGUAAUGAGGACAAAUGGCAGUUACCUAUUCAUGCAGCUGCACAAAUGGGCCAUAUAAGAAUCUUGGACUUGCUAAUACCAAUUACUGAUAGAAUUUGUGACACUGGCCCAGACAAAGUGAGCCCUGUAUACUCAGCAGUGUUUGAAGGUCAUGAAGAUUGCCUAGAAAUGUUACUUAAAAAUGGCUACAGUCCAGAUGCUCAACCAGGACUAGUCUUUGGAUGCAGUUCUCCCAUGUGCAUGGUUUUCCAAAGGGAUUCUGGACACUUCAGAAUGGUGGAUAUUUUUCUGAAAUACGGCGUCCAGCUAAACGAAAUGCAUUUGGCAUACUGUCUGAAAUAUGAGAAGUUUUCAGUAUUUCGGUACUUCUUGAAAAAAGGCUGCCCGUUGGGAACAUGGAACCAUUUGUCUGAGUUUAUAAAGCAUGCAGUUAAAGCACAAGCAAAAUACAAGGAAUGGCUACCAUCUCUCCUGUUAGCAGGAUUUGACCCAGUCAACCUACUCUGCAGUUAUUGGAUUCACUCAGUCAAUGAUGACAUCCUCAACUUCAGCCUGGAGUUCACUAAUUGGAAACGGCUUCCCCUUACUAUUGAGAAGAUUCUCUCUGCUCGUGCAGAAAGCUCUUCCUGGGUCCCGCUAAAUCAUUUUGCCUCUGUUCCUUCCCUGACUCACCUCUGCCGCUUGGAAAUACGAUCCAUUCUAAAACCAGACCGUCUACGAUCUGAUAAUUUUAUUUAUCAAUUACCACUUCCUACUAGCCUACAUCGUUAUCUACUCUAUGCAGAAGUCUUGAGAAUGAAUGAAGUUCCAGAACUGAUAUUUUCACAGGAUGGAGAGACAAGUGAAACCAGUUAAUGACUCACCUAUUACUCUGAUGAUCAAGAGGAUAGUUGUGAAGUUGCUUCCUAUGAAUGGACAUUAAAGCCAGGACACUUGAACUCA